AUGCCAGACGUCUGUCGGCAAGCCAAAUUAAUUUGGCACGAUAUCCCCCAGGAUGUAAAAGACCUGUACGAUAACUUAGCGCUUCAAGCGCAACAUCUUCAUAGUGAGAUGUUUCCGAACUAUAAAUUUUCUCCUAAGAAACGUACCACCUUCAAACCUUACGUUCCGGUCCAGGAAGACCAAGGACUUUGUAUGUCCAAAUUUACAGUGAAUGAAUUUUUUAAAGAAAUUCAUACCUCUGUCCCUUCCUCUCCCACUCCAUUAUCACCAUUAUCACCGAAUUCCUCGAUUUCAGAUUCACCUAAUCCUGAACAACCAUUUCUGCAAAACGAUCCUUUUUUGGUAGAUCCCUGUUUGCCCGAGGAUAAUUUAUUCUUUCCGGGGGUUAAUAUAUCACCUGAGCUUGAUAGAUAUUUUCGAGAAUUUGAAGAAUGCUCAAUUGGUUAUUACCUCAACUCUUUCAUUAAGUCGUGA